CACCAAUAAAUCUUGUCCUAUCGAACCAAUGAAGGAAGUCUCUAAGCUUCCCUCAUUGUCCUGCCAGAUAAAGCAACCAAAUCUGCCUUGAAUCACAUCCUUUCACUCAACCAACAAAGGAAUCUCUAUGUUGUUGUUCGACCUAUUAGAAAGAGUAGCAAAAUCUCCCUCAUGACGCUGUACUGUCUUAAAAAGGAAAGGACACAUUGGACAAUGAUAUACCACAGAUGACUAGGAUAGUCAUGAAUGGAACACCUUUCCUCUUAGGUCUGUUUCAAUGAAGACUGAACUGUAGCUACACAAGAAUAACUGAUAUUUCAUCAUACAAUACAUUGAUAUAUAUUGGACGAACAUUUUAUAUAGCCUCGUCGCCAUGUUCUGUGAGGCUUGAAUAUUGUAUAAAAUCCUAAUGAAAAUGUCCGAUCCUAAGGAUGAAAAGGAGGAAGAGAAAACCUAUGGCAGCUGUGAGGGCCCUAAUGCCAUGUAUGUAAAACUGGUCUCUUCUGAUGGUCAUGAAUUUAUUGUCAAAAGAGACCAUGCUCUCACAUCAGGAACCAUAAAAGCUAUGCUUAGUGGACCUGGUCAGUUCUCUGAGAACGAGACUAAUGAGAUCAAUUUCCGUGAGAUUCCGUAAGUGUACUUUUAUUCUUGCCCUCUGAAUCAAGUGUAAAACACCCUCAAAUGUAACUAAAUAAAAAGAUUAUUGUAUAUGCAAGGUGAAUUCAA